GCUUCUCUCUCUCUCUCUCUCUCGCUCGUCUUGUUCUCUCGGUCGGUCGCUCUCGCUCUCUGUCGUCCUCGUCCUUCGUAGAGAACGUCGAUGUGGCUUCUCCUUGUUUCGACCCUGCGUAGAUCGGCGAUCCGAAGUCGGAGCACCUACGCGCGGUUCGGCAGCUUCGCAGCGGCUGAGAAGGGGCGCGGACCGUCCGAUCGUGAUCUCGGGGCAAUCGGGAGCGCGGUCGUGGGGGUAUUGGCCGUCGGUGCAUCGGGGCUUGGACUCUGGUCGGUUUCUUCAUCCUCAUAUUUCCCCGGUUCUUCCCUUUACUUCGCCGACUCCGAUUUGGCGCAGAAGGAGCCCGACCUUCGGAUCGUGUCAAAUGAUGCGAAGAUAGAAAAGAAGCCCAAGUUUCUGUUACCAGAUUCAUAUCGUAGAAGGGUGUUCUUCAACUAUGAGAAACGGAUAAGAUUGCGAAGUUCUCCUGAAAAGAUUUUCGAAUAUUUCGCAACAUCUAAGAACACAAAAGGAGAAAUAUGUAUGACACCUGCAGAUUUUAUGCGAGCAGUUGUUACUGUUUUUCCUCCAUCAGAAUCCAAUAUUGUUAGAGAAGGAUAUUUGAGAGGGGAGCGUGUUCCUGGGGAAUUGCAUUGCGCGCCAUCUUCCUUUUUUAUGCUUUUUGAUACUGAUAGUGAUGGACUAAUAUCCUUCCCAGAGUACAUAUUCUUUGUGACCUUGCUUAGCAUUCCUGAAUCAAGCUUCAGUGUGGCUUUCAAAAUGUUUGAUCUUGACAAUAAUGGAGAGAUAAAAAGAGAAGAGUUUAUGAAAGUGAUAGGAUUAAUGCAUUCUUAUAAUAGACAAGGGGUUUCUCAUAGUAAUGGCCUUCGCUUUGGUCUAAAAGUUGGUGGCUUUAUUGAGAAUGGUGGUCUGCUGCAAUCUUUCUUUGGCAAGGAUGGGACAGGCUGCCUCCAACAUGAUACAUUUGUUCAAUUUCUUAGGGACUUACAUGAUGAGAUUGUGCAUUUGGAAUUUGCACAUUAUGACUUCAAGUCAAGGGGAACUAUUUCAGCUAAGGAUUUUGCACUAUCAAUGGUUGCUUCAGCAGACAUGAACCAUAUAAACAAGUUACUAGAUCAAGUGGAUGAAUUGGAUAAUAACCCUUCUGUGAGAGAUAUUCGUAUUACCUUUGAGGAAUUCAAGGCUUUUGCAGAACUACGUAAAAGAUUGAAACCCUUGACUCUAGCUAUCUUUAGUUACGGGAAAGUGAAUGGCUUGUUGACAAAGCAGGACUUUAUACGAGCAGCAUCCCACGUUUGUGGUGUCUCUUUGACUGAAAACGUGGUUGAGAUCAUCUUCCACAUCUUCGACACAAAUCGCGAUGGGAGCUUAAGCUCAGAGGAGUUCUUAAGAGCCGUGCAACGACGAGAAACUGAUAUUCGCGAGCCUAGCUCAACAGGCAUCAUGGGGCUCUUAUCAUGCUGGCUGCACUGCAGAAGGCACUGCUCCUCGUCGCAACUGUUUGGUUAAAAGCGGACCCGUGAACACAAAGGGGGAUGCAGUGUUCAGAGCUGGCAGACUUUAUUAAUGGGGAAGAAAUAUUUGGAUAGACACGAUUCCUUCCUCUCGUGUGUGUUGCAUAUUGUGUCAUGUCGAUAAUGUGUAAGGUUGUCGUCGGGAUCGAGGAGACUAGAUUUCUUGAUCCCUUUUGAUGUUCAUUAGAUUUCCUUAAAUAGAAUCUAUGAUUUGCACAUAAACUUGUUAUUUUUCUUAGUGUCUUAACUCGCGUCGUCGGACUGCUGUCAAUUAUGUAAUGAGUUGGACUCAUUGCACAUAAAAUUGGCAUGGAUAUUUUUCUGGCAAUUUUAUGUGCAAAUUUCUGUUGAUGACAGUAAUUGUUGAUAAGUCUUUUUAGUCAAUGAGAUUGCUGUUGGAAA